AUGGCGAUAUCUUCUCCCUCACUAAUAGCAUCAUUCUCCCACACAGAAACUUUCACUAAGCAUUACACUGUGAACCCACCAAACCCGAUUCUUCUAAUUUCAAGAUGCAAUUCUCUAAGAGAGCUGAUGCAAAUUCAAGCUUACGCGAUCAAAUCAGAUCUACGCGAAGAUGUUUCAUUCGUCAAAAAACUAAUAAAUUUCUGCACUGAGUCUCCAACGGAGUCUUCAAUGUCAUACGCACGCCACCUUUUCGACGCAAUGUCUGAACCAGAAAUCGUGGUUUUUAAUUCAAUGGCUCGUGGGUAUUCUCGCUCCACGACUCCUCUUGAGGCGUUUAGUCUCUUUGCUGAGAUCUUGGGAGAUGAUCUUUUACCUGAUAACUACACUUUCCCGUCUCUUCUCAAAGCUUGUGCAGUAGCAAAGGCGUUCGAAGAAGGUAGACAGUUGCAUUGUGUGUCGAUGAAACUGGGGCUUGAUGAUAAUGUAUAUGUUUGUCCUACGCUUAUCAAUAUGUAUACGGAGUGUGAAGAUGUGGAUGCUGCUCGUUGCGUCUUUGAUCGGGUUGUUGAACCGUGCGUUGUUUGUUACAAUGCUAUGAUCACGGGUUACGCGAGAAGAAACAGACCAAACGAGGCUUUAUCCUUGUUCCGUGAAAUGCAAGGUAAGAACUUGAAGCCGAAUGAGAUUACCCUUCUUAGUGUUCUGUCUUCUUGUGCUCUGUUGGGAUCGUUAGAUUUAGGUAAAUGGAUACAUGAGUACGCGAAGAAACACGGGUUCUGUAAGUAUGUGAAAGUAAAUACGGCUUUGAUAGGACUGAAACAUUUACAUCCUCCUCAGAUGCUGAAAUUGUAG